UCAAAGUGGAAGGGGUGCCUUUCCCGUCAGUGUGUCAGGCUCUGCAGUGACCUGUCACCCGGUGUCACUCAAGGGCUCUAUAUAGGCUGUCGGUAGUGUUGGGCUGGAGAUUGAUGGGGCCGUUACGGGGGCACUUGAUGUAUGAUUCGACAUUUUUCGCCUUUCCUGAGUGAAUGUUUGAGAGGCUUGAGCGCCCCGGCUUGGCCUUUACGGUGGGUGGGUGGAUCACUGCAGCAUGCUGCCAUUAUCAACAUCUCCAUUGCGCUUAAUUUUCUCUAUUAAUUUUUAAGAGGAAUUAUAAUACGCUUAUUCUCUGACACUAGGCGCACAGCGAGUGCUUAAUUCUCAACAAAUUUGUCAACACUGUUAUAUAUAGGGGUUCAUGGGUCACAGGAGCCGGAUGUGUAAUGUGAUUAAAAGUUGUGAAUUGUUGGAGGUAUUUAGAUUAACUAGACUGCAGUAAAGCUGUUAAAGGAUCAUUGAGACGAACCUAAAAUGCUGUUAUAUUUCACCCGUUUGGUCUUGCAGUGUGAAAAUAACAAAUCGGGAAAUACGAAGUUAUAUAUACAUUGUGGACUAGGCUUCAGGCCGUGAAGCAGGAGCAGCAAGUGAUGCUAGACAAGAGUGGAGUCCUAAGUUAACUUCACCCAACAAGGUCAUUUCUUCCACCUGACAGCCAUCACUUCAAGACAUGUCGCUGGAGAUCAAGGUCCUGAGUGCCUCCAGCCUCCAGAACCUGGAGACGCUGGGCAAGAGUGACCCGUACGUCACCAUCAACUUCCAAGGCGAGAAAAAGAAAACUGAGGUGCAAGAUGGGACGCUGGACCCAGUCUGGGAUGAAACUCUGAGGUGGGAGCUGGGCACCAAGCCCCCCCGGGCCGACGAGUGCAUUGACAUUACGGUAAAGGACUAUGAAAGAAUAGGGAAGAACAGACUGCUGGGAAAGGCGACAAUUGCCUUAAGGAACGUAAUACAUGCGGCCCCAGGCACACCCCUUGACUAUGACCUGGGACUCCUGGAUGCUAAUGACUCUCCUACAGUUGGCACUCUUAAGUUGGCCCUCUCUUACAGCCCUCCAGCAGGUGCAACUACAGGUGCUGGUCGUAGCAUAAGCGCAAUAGCAGCCAGGUCAGCCGGGGUCACCUCUGAGCUGGCAGAUGGUACGCAUCAUUCAGCAGGAGUCUGCAAGGAUGUUAGGUCACCUGGGGUAUCUGAACAAUCAGAAACCAAGGGCUCUAAUUCACAUAAGGCUUCUGAUCCGUCAGGAGCACAGGGUAGUGGCAAGGAGCAAGAAAAAGUACGAUCUGGGCUAAAGCGUCUGUUUAAGAACGUAUCAAAAGAAACCGAGCCAAGCAUUAACCCUGUGCCUGAUGUUGGGGUGGAAGGGACUGCGACGGGUGGGAUGCCUCAGAUGCCUCAGCAGAGGCACAGAGACAAACUUUCCAGUGCCAAGACAAAGUUUCAGAUACGCGUGAGGGUGGUGGAGGGCCGUCAGCUGAUGGGGUGCAACCUGAACCCUGUGUGUCAAGUGUCCCUGAGCGGCAGCACCCAGCAGACCAGGGUGCACAAGGGCACCACCACCCCAUGGUUCGACCAGAUCUUCUUUUUCCAAGAUGAGAAAUUACCGUCUGAACUUAUGGAAGAUUUUCUUGUAUUUAAGGUGUGCAACUCGAGUGGCAUCCGAGCCAGCACCAUCAUUGGUGCCUUCAAGUGUGAGAUUGGGAUGGUAUAUGACCAGGCGGAGCAUGCCAUCCUCAACCGCUGGCUGGUGCUGGCCAACCCUGACGAGCCCACUCCCACAGUGCAAGGAUACUUAAAAGUGUGUGUGGCAGUACUGGGACCCGGUGAUGUGUGCCCAGACCUGACAGCACGUCAGAGCGACCAGGAUGAUGUUGAGGCUAAUCUUCUAUGGUCAGCAGGAGUCCAUCUUCAACCAGCCACCUUUAUUGUCACUGUCUACUGUGCACAGAACCUUCCUCGAAUGGAUGCUGGGACAAUGCAGACUCUGAAGGAAGUACUUGGCAUAGGGAAAGCUUCCAAAGAGCUGGUAGACCCUUAUCUAAUGGCCAAUUAUGCGGGUCGAGAGGUCCAGACGAAGAUACUCUACACCAAUGAGAAUCCAGAGUUCCGCCAGAAGCUUUACAUGGGCUUCCUUUUCCCUUCCAUGUGUAAUGUUAUCAAGAUCACUCUUAUGGAUUGGGAUCGCGUAGGUGAAGAUGACAUCAUUGGAACAGCUACCAUCCCCGUGUCAGCCAUUUCAGCACCUGGUGAUGAUGGUUAUCUGCCUACCUUCGGUCCAACGUGGGUGAGUGUGUACGGGGCACGCCGAGAAUGGGAGCUCCUGGAUAGCGAUGAUGCCGAGAAGAUGAAUGAAGGCCAUGAAGAAGGUUGUGCGUAUAGAGGGAGAGUCUUGCUGGCUCUCCACACACAAGUCGGAUCGUAUCCCCCGUCGCCCGCUACUGCUCUUGACAAUGAUGAAUUUAACAGAGUCAUGAGGUACCGUGGCACUCGGAAAUUUGUCCUCAAGUGCCAACUUAGUGGUGCCUGGCACUUUGAAGCCGCUGGAAAACCACUGGAAGUGGAGGUUUCCAUUGGUAAUUUUGGUAACAAGCUGGAGAACUCCAUGAUGCCCUCACCCUCCUCCACACAUCCGUCUAACCCGGUCUUUGAUGGCUGCAAGUACUAUUUUCUGCCAUGGUCAGGAGCAGAGCCCUUUGUCACCGUCCACUGUGAGUACGAGGAUGUAACCCACCGCCUUCACUGUGUCAACCACAUCACUGCCAUCAUUACAGCAGUGAAAAAGGACAUACAAAUCUUGAAUUCUCUUCUGCGAGCUCGUCGUAAUAAACAGGAGGAAGACAAGGAGGUUGAAGACUCUGUGCAGUCUUCCUUGUCUCGACUAAUAGCAGCUCUCAGCAUGAGCUUACCCGAAGUAAAUCCAGUCCGUCACGUUGAGACUUCACUUGAUCGGCACCUGAGAGAUCGUCGGCGUCUGGAAUUGGACAAGCUGAAGGAUGCCAUAGGAAAGGUGGAUGGCUCAAAUCCUCAGCAGGUCAUAGUAGAGCUGGAGUCUGCCGUGGAAAGACUAGAGAUUUUGGCACAAGAGCCUCAGAGCAGCAUGCCUGAUGUGUUCCUCUGGCUCAUGAGCGGCACCAGGCGUUUGGCAUAUAUUAGAAUACCUGUCCACUCCGUCUUGUUUGCCCACGAGCCCACCUCACAAGGAGAACUGGCCGGCAAGUUCCACACAUACAACCUCAGGUACCCAGAUGAUGAGAACAAGUGGAGUGUGGGUGGUGUUGUGCGAGCUUCCGUGUGGUUCGGCCGUGAAGAGGACAGCCGUGCCUGGUGGGAUGCUCACCCAGAUGUCCAGUUGACUGUCUAUGCUGAGAGCUAUGAAAAUCAGGUUAUAUCUAUGCCUGGGAGUGGUAAAUGGGUGGACAGCGGUGUACUGAUGACUCGGCCCAAAUUCUCCGAUGCUGAUGGUCGUCUGAGUCUUCCUCGUGAUGCCUUCAUUUCCCCCGAGGGAUGGACCUUCCAGGGGGAGUGGUUUAUUGACCCUGACCCCAGCGUGAGAUUCACUGCUGAUGCUGGACACAAUUUGUUUACGGAGGAAGUGUUUGAGCAGCAGAUGCGGGUCCCAGGGGGUACCUGGAUUCAUACCCCCAACACAUGGGCUGACGUGAGGGGGGAUCCUUCUUGUUCACGGGACGAUAUCGUUCUUCCCGAAGGCUGGGCAUGGCGAGAUGUUUGGACAUAUGACCUUCAGCGAGCUGUGGAUGGCGAGGGCUGGGAAUAUACAGUGGAGUCAGCAUUGGUUGGCUGGUCCCCUCAGGAGAAGAUCUAUCACAUGAGCAGACGCAGGAGAUGGAUUCGUGAACGUCUUCUAGUGCAGAAGAUGGAGAAGCAGGAGACAAUGGCAGUGGAUGGAUGGGAGUAUGCGCCUCUGUUUCGGCUCCAAUACCAUGCCCUAGAACGGAAAGUGGAUGUAGUGAGACGCAGACGAUGGAGGAGACGUUUAGUGCCUUCUCAGUCGGGUUUGCCACCCACCCCGAGGCUUGCUGUCAAGGCUGGAAAAGGAGAUGAGGAGAUCACCCAGCUGACCUGCCCAAGGAUGUAUGUUGUCAGUGCUGAGCAUCACUUAUACCAGCUGCGAGCCCACAUCUAUCAAGCAAGGGACCUCCCAGCUGGUGAUAAAACUGGCCUCUCAGAUCCUUAUGCAGUAGUAAGUUUCUGCAAUGGGACGCAACAGACAGAGCGACAGAAUGCCACACUCUGCCCGACCUGGGACCAAACACUAAUCUUUGAUGAUGUGGAGCUGACCGGUCCUGUAGCAACCACUCGGUCUCAGGCUCCUGAUGUUGUGAUCGAAGUCUUUGACUGGGAUGCUAGGGGUGCGCCAGAGUUCCUAGGUCGUGUGUUCUGUACACCAGUGGUAGUGGAAGCUUCAUUAGGCUUCGAACCUCAAGUCCUUCAGUGGUAUCCACUGGCCAGGGGAGAUGCCAAACAGGGUGAACUUUUGGCAUCAUUUGAACUAAUGCUGAAGGAUGGAGAGGAGCUUCCCAUGUUGCCUCCCACCCGUGGCGACCUCUACAUGGUGCCUUUUGGUGUCCGGCCACUUCUGCAACGAACAAGGAUUGAAGUAUUGUGUUGGGGUGUGAGGAACAUGGCUACUUUUGAGCUACAGUCUGUUACACGACCGUCCAUUGAAUUUGAGUGUGGGGGGGAACGAGUUAUUUCUCCUGUUAUGGCCAACACUCGCCUCAACCCAAAUUUUGAUGAGCCUCACCUGGUCUUCGAUGUUGAGCUCCCAAAAGAGGAAUUAUAUAUGCCACCAUUAACACUGAGAGUAGUGGACCACCGUUCCUUUGGCAGUAAACCUGUGGUAGCAACGGCAGUAGUGAGCGACCUUCACAAAUACACUGUUGAGCCCAAAGCAGCCAGGAGGAAACGUAAGGGCAAGAAAGCUACUAUUCCGCUAAGCGAAAAUUCGUUGAUGACCACAUUGCUGAGACGAGACACCAAGACCUCUAAAGACAAGGUUCUUCUUCAGGAUGGCCAAAGCUACUCCCGCCCAACCCUCAAUCACGCCCAAGCUGCAAGGGAGCCUGGCACAGUGGACACAGAAAUAGACUGGUGGGCCAAAUAUUAUGUGUCGUGUGGACAGUCCGAGCGUGCUGGGGCCUACUUCUCUAAAGGGUACGAGAAGCUGGAAAUUCUAACAGGAGCUUUAGAAGAUGAAACAAGGUUCUCUGGGUUUAGGGACCUGGUGGACACAGUACCUUUGUUCCGAGGACGCGGAGACCAGGCCCAGGAGGUUGGAGAGUUUAAGGGCACUUUCCGAGUAUACCCACUCUCGGCGGAUGACACGGACGAACCGCCAUUGAUCCUUGAUGGAUUUCCUUCACCAAGCCCGCAGGAGGUGUUAGCACGGGUAUAUGUUGUGCUGGGGGAGGACCUGGCUCCCAAGGAUGCUGGGGGAUCCUCAGAUCCUUAUGUUGUGGUCAAGUUUGGCAAGAUGACCAAGAGCUCCAAAGAUAACUACAGACCCAACACUCUUAACCCAAUAUUUGGACAAGUAUUUGAGGUCAGUGGAACAUUGCCUCUACACAAGGAUCUGUCUGUGCAAGUUUGGGACCGAGAUCUCAUCACCUCGGAUGAUCUCAUUGGCGAGACCAUCAUAGACUUGGAGAAUCGCUUCCUAACCCGCCAUCGUUCUACAGUUGGUCUUCCCCGCCAGUAUCAUGUGAGUGGAGCCAACAAGUGGAGAGACACCGAGCUCCCAACCGAGAUUCUGAAGAAAGCUGCUCAGUUGAGGAACUUUGACAGCCCCGUCUGGCAAUCCCAGCCCCUCAGCCUCACCCUCUCUGGGGUCCCUUAUGCUCUCACGGACUUUGAGCCACCAGAUAGUGUACUGCCACCGACAGUUGGAGAUGCCAACGAGAGACUGGCCCUCUAUGUGCUACACAAGGCUAUGCCUCUGGUCCCCGAGCACGUGGAGACUCGAGUCCUGAUGCACCCGGCACACCCAGGACUGCCACAGGGCCAGCUCAAGCUAUGGGUUGAUCUCUUCCCAUCCUCCAAGGAUGUUUUACCCCCACCUGUUGAUAUUACACCUCGUCAGGCACAUAAGUAUACUCUGCGAGUGGUGGUGUACAAUGUAUUUGAGGCCCCGCUACAGGAGACCAGCUUGAUUGGUGGAGAGAGGAUGAGCGACGUGUAUGUCAAGGGAUGGCUCCAGGGCACAAGCAAUGUCCAGAAGACAGAUAUCCACUACAGAUGUUUGGAUGGGGAUGCUAACUUCAAUUGGCGUUUGGUAUACAACCUUAAUAUGUUGGAGGCUGAGCAAGUAAUGGUGGUGGAACACAAGGAACACCCCUGGAGCCUCCAUACAACCGAGCAGCGACGACCACCGCAACUCACACUCCAGCUCUGGGACAACGACCUCAUUCUCAGAGAUGAUUACCUUAGCGAGAUGACACUGGACCUAUGCCGCCUGCCCAAACCUGCCAAGAGCGUGGGUGGUGUCGGACCUUCACAGGUGCCACAGAUGAUGGGUGAUGGGGAUGCCAACAGUGUGGCUAUCACAAUGCUAGAUGACCACACCAACUCUAUCAAUCUGUUUGAGGCCAAGCGGAUUUAUGGGUUCUUUCCCUUCACUCGUGUUACAGAAGGCACCACAGAGAUUGCUGGGAAGAUAGAGAUGGAAUUGGAGGUAGUAUCAGAGGAAGAGGCUAAACUCCGUCCAGCAGGUCAGGGGCGUGACGAACCCAACAUGAAUCCUAAAUUACCCGAUCCAGACCGACCAGCCACCUCCUUCCUCUGGAUUGCCUCACCGUGGAAGUCCUUCAGGCACAUCAUUUGGAAAAACUACAAGUGGUACUGCAUCACGCUUGUUGUCGUGUUCCUCCUGUUCCUGUUUUUAUUCCUGUUCCUUUACUCCUUGCCGGGUGCCACCAUCGACUAUCUCAUCGGUGUAGAUUAGACGAAGGCUUCAAAAUAAUGAUGUUACUGUCACAUUUUAAUAUUUUUAAAUGUGCCUUCAAUAUAUUUACUUUUUUAUGUACAGAUAGAGAAAUUUUAUGGAAACAUUUUAUGAAUUUUAUGGAAACAUUUAUGGAGGAAUUUUUUAUUUACUUGAAAAUAAUAGAAAGAUUAAUUAAAAUACAGUAUACAUUUUUAUAUUCUUUAAUGUAGAGUAAGAUAGUUGAAGAUUUAUUAAUAUCUAUUAAAUUUGUGAUAUAUACAUGGAGAACUUUAUAUUAUUAUACUAUACAUUCUGUCCGUGUAGAUCCCUGCAUAGGUACAGUACUAAUUACACUCGGUUUAAAUUUAAUUUACUUUGUUAUUUAGUCAAGUUAAGAUAAUUUUUGUUGAUGGGGAGACUAAUCCUGAUGAUUUCAUUUGAUUAUUGAAUAAUUUGCAUACUCAAAAGGUAUCCAUUUGAUUUUUAAAGUAAGAGAAUUGAUAUAUAAAUUAUUCAUGGUGGCUAAACACACACACACCCACCCAUAUCAUUAUAAUGACCUGUAUCAUUAACAAAUGUGGUAGUCAAAAUGCUAGUAAUUUUUUCUAGUAAUUACCACUUAGGUAAUUACUAGAAAAAAUAGUUAAGACCAAAUGGGUUGAUCAACUAGAGAGUAAUGACAUAAUUAGACAGACAAUAUGGUUUUCGAACAGGAAGAUCCUAUGUAACAAAUAUACUUAGUUUUUAUGACAAAGCCACAGAGAUUCACCAAGAGUGAGAUAGUCAGGUUUACUGUGUCCAUCUGGACCUAAAAAAAAGGCUUUUGACCGAGUCCCACACAAGAGGCUGUUCUGGAAACUGGAAUAUGCUGGAGGGGCGACAGGAAGACUUCUGACAUGGAUGAUAAACUUCC